CAAUUAAAACAAAAGCGCUGAUUAAGGAUAUAUGCUCAUGUUUUAUGGCAUGUGUUUUCAUGCAACUAAAACGUUCAAUUUCGGUGUUAUUAGAGAACUAAAUGCAAGGAUUCAUAAGACAUUUUUUUUUUCGAGAACUUAGAAGUGAACGAUCGCGGAUGGGGGACUCUAUCUUAUGAAGGUUCCAAAAUGAUUUAUACAAGGAAAUUCGGAUGAUAUCGAUUCAUAUUUCAAAACGUGCUGACCAGAGAACACUAAGGUUAUAUAGGAAAACCUUGGAGUGAUUAACACCGGUUAUCUGGUCAAGGAGAAACUCUGAAAGAUCAUUUAGUUUCUGAACUAUUGACUCAGGACGGCAUGGGGCUGGUGAUCGGGAUCACAGCGUGCUGUUGUGCUUACUGCGCCGUCAAGAAAAAGCGGAAACAGAAGAUGAAAAGACUCGCUGAAGCCAGGGCAGCGAGCGAAGAGAACGGACUCGACGCCGACGCCGAAAUCCCCGUCGACGAGAGCAUGAUAAGGGGGCAAGUCGACGACGCCACCGACGACGAGCUCAACGCCGACUAUCCUCUGCGGAGUGACGGGGUCCAAGCCAGGAUGGACGAGGACCCGCCACCUUAUCACGCGGUUUCUGUUCCCAAGGAAACGGUGCUGGAAGAGAUGGACGAGACGGGUGGUGAGAACAUUGGCGGGAGAAAACAUUCCUCGAAGAAAGUAAAAUACAGCCACCUCUCUGAUACAGCAACGGUCGUUGGCACGGCAACGGAGCAGAAGGCAACGUCAUCUGUUGAGAAAGAAAGGAGUCACGUGGCCUCGCAAGAAGAAGCCUUCAUCAAGGAAGUCGUCGAUAAAAUGUCUGAAAUCGAGGACGAGGGCGCGUUCGACGGUGGAAGUAGAAAACAAUCUUCUAAAAAGUACAAAUAUUCGCCACUAAAGGCACCGACAAGCGGAGAAAGAAAGAGAGUUAAGUCUGGCGAUUCUCAAAAAGACUAUGAUGAAGUUAGGUUAUCGAUAUCUAACGAUGUGUAUAUAGAUGAACCUGCGACCGAAGUUUGAUUUCACCAAGAAUAUGGAUCAAGUUUUUUGUAUAUAUAAUCUCCUUAAAAAACACCCAAUGACCAGAGAAAUCACUGAUUUGUUUUGUUUAGUGUUUUUUUUUUUUGAUGUUCGCAUGCUUCUCUCAAAAGUAU